ACAUAUAUAUAUAUAUAUAUAUGCAUAACCAAAGUGAGACUGUUUGUGGAUAAACCACCUCUAAUACGCACAUUAUUAUUCAUCAAAUAAAAAAAACUUUGAAAAUUAUAAUUCAUUUAAAAAGACGGAAAAGUACAUACAUCACUGAUCAAGUCAGUGAGUGAGUGAUAUUAAGACUCAGAAAAUAAAAAAAAAGAAGGGAGUAACUUGACUUGACCAUUGUCCCCAUAAGUCUGGUGGUAAAUUUUGGACCAAUUAUGGGAAAAAUACAAUUUAACUUGCCAAUGCCCAAAUCAGACGACAUGGCGAACGAUAAAACUGUCGAAGAUGACGAUAAACCAGUGAAAACGUCGGAAAAUUCAACAAUAAAAGCAAACAAUCAUACACAACGUUUCAUUUCAAUGUUCUACUGCUUUUUAAUAUUCUCCAUUGGUUUGUCAAUCACACUGUAUAAUACUGGAAAAAAAGUGGUCGAAAAAGAAAGCUCAUUUGUGACAUUCUAUACUGUGAUGUUCAUCACCUCAAUUAUCGCUAUGAUUUUCACCUUGGCUUAUGUAUAUCAACACAGACGUGCAAGUUUAGAAGCCAUUGAAAAAGGUGAACUGUCUGCACCUAGAAUAGCAUUUUCACUUCGCGGUGAAGCUGUCAAUCUAUACCUGCGAUUUGGAAUUGGAUUGUUUGCCGCCAUGUCCAUUGUUUAUACAGCAACACGAUGUUAUGAAGUUGUAACGAAAUACCCGCACGAUGCUGCAUCAGGUGUUUACACUUUUUUCAAGAUUUUAUUUUUCAUCACACAGACUGUCUUCUUGUUACUUUUGCAUCGUAUUGUAAUUUUAGUGAGAAUACGUGUCUUUAGUUUUAUUCUGCUACACGUUCUAACCGUUAAUUUAUGCAUAUGGUCAGAUGCUGUAAUUAAAAAGAUUUCGAAAAGCAUCGGGAGUAUGGCACUGGUGAAUGCAACUGAUAGUCAUAAAAAAUAUGAACUGGCCGCGACCAAUUAUUUUCUUCCUGCUGUUCCUGAAUACUGUGCAAUUGCUGUAGCUGUGGUUUAUGAAUUACUAAAUCGUGUUGGUCAAUUGAAACAAAUUGAAUGUCAUUAUGAGAAAAAGAAAGAACACAGUUUGAAGUUAAUUGAUCGUGGGUGCAUUGGUAUUAUUAUCGGAACAAUUAUCAUUUGUAUCGUCAUGGGUAUUGUAAUGCUAUUAGAGAUAUGGGGUAAAAAGUUUCACGGUAAUGCUUAUAUUGCUCAUUCCACGGAAACUAGCAUUCUCUUCAUCAUGGCUUUGAUAUUCUGUGUUUCUGGUAUCUGUAGUACACGUCGCCUGAAAUUCUCUGUAAAUUUUUCCAAUCAAAAUUUAGACAGUAAAUUAUUAAUUGUAACAUUUUUUAUGACUGUCUCCUUCUUAGUUGCUUGUGCUGUUUUGAAUAUAAUCUUUCUGUUGAAUAAAGCAUCCAGUGAUGUUCAACAACAACAACGCCUUAAAUUGCACUUAUUCACAGUGCUAUUGGAAUUAGUACAAGUUACUGUACAGAACUAUUUUAUUAAUGAUCUAUUCUAUCGCUGUUGUCAUGAUAAAUCAUAUCAAGAAUGCAAGCCAGGUCGAGCUAUGAUCGCAUUAUUAUCCGCUAUAAACUUCUCGCUGUGGAUGAUAUACAGUUUUCAGGCAAAACACAACAAUAUUCUGCUGAGUUUCAACAGUGAACAUUUGGAGAAAAAUGAAGUGCAAAGUUUGUUCAUUUAUAUUAGUGUGGCGCUGCCCAUGGUUAUGCUGUAUCGUUAUCACAGUAGUGUUUGCCUAGCGAUCGAAUAUAUCCGUGUCUAUGAAGACGAAGUGACACGAUAUGAGAGUAUGCUGCGCGGUGUACCGCACACUAAGACUCUACCGUUCGGUUCAAAAUGGGAGAUUGUUGAUUCCCAGUUUUCAGAUUCCCUGUCUGACGACAAACUCGCAAAAGCUACAAGAUCAAGAGCGCUAUCUGAACCUGCUAUCAAGUUGGAUGCAGCUGCUUAUUUGAAAGAAUUCAGUAGUAUAAUUAAUGCAUCGAAUUUAAACGACAAAGAGAAACAAGAUGUCAUGUUGAACAAACUAGAUAGACCGAAUUCACAAAAGUACGCCAAGCAGAAUAAACGUCGGACAACGCACAUCAGUAUGGAGUUGGCCCAGUAUCGUGUCAAUGCCAGUGAAAUGGAACAUCGUCUAGCUGAAAUGAAACUGAAGAAGAAUAAGCGCACGAAAGAUGAACCGGCACCGAAUGAACGGUUAACGCUGAAUAAAGUCACUGUGAAUAAAGAAUCCGAGCCAACCACUAUAUCAACUUCACUGUCUGACAGUGCCUUGUCCACAGUCCGCACAACUGAUACUAUCGAUGAAGAAGACGAUGAAACUGAAGGCAUUGAUACUGACGACUAUCGAAGACCGACUUCCUCUCCAGAAUCGUGUUAUUACACAAAAACAGGCGACGACAGUAGCAUAUAUUAUACUAAAAGUCAAUUAUAAUAACUGAACAUAGCCAGUCGCGUGGACUGAACACUCUUCCCUUCUUCUUCUUCUUCUAUGAGUAACCAGAAAAUCAUAAACUUUUGUAGUAAAAUACUAUUUUUCUCUGAGCUGAAUUUCUCCCUCUCUUCCUCUCUCUGAUUGCCAAUAGAGGUGCUGAAAUAAUUUUGCUGUGAACUUAUCGACUAUCAUCUCGAUUCAGUCGGUGUAUAUGCUGAAGAGAUAUAUCUUCUAGCCAUCUUAUAAAGGUGCCUUUUCCAUGUUAUUAUUACUACUUGUAUUGAUUUCUAUUUUUCCACAUUUGUAUAAUUAAAUCACCAUUUCUGCAUUCAGUUCAAUCACUUUUUCUUUCUCGCUUAACUGUGGUCUGACAACCUCUAACACUGAUGAUGAUUCGUUUCCGCUGGGGUGGUCUAACGCGUUGAUGAUACCGUAUGCAUUUCUGCCUCUCAUGUUCAAGCUGCUAUGAUGAUGAUUGCAAAAAAACAUUUCGCACCAAGCAAGUGUUAUGCUAGAUCACGUAAACGACUUAUAUACAUAUAAAUACAUAUACAUACACAUAGAUAUAUUUUCGAAUUUUCGGCUUUGUAAACCUUUUAAUAAAAACCUGAUACACAUAUAUGCAUACAUCGAUUAAAAUGUCAGCUUCUAGUUCUAAAUUCAUGCUCGUGUAUUAUUAUUAUUAUUAUCAUGUUCAUUCCAAUCUUUGUAUGAGUGAUUUACCUUAUUUUUACGUAUUGAAAUUAACAUCUUUUUGAAAACAAAUGUCGACUUCCUUACAUAAAAUUCAAAUAUUUAC